AAUUCAUCUUGAAAGAUUCUGUCAACGCUGCUAGAGAAGGAAUAAAAUCAAACUAUAAAGCUGAUGCAAGAUAUUAUUUGGCAUUGCAUUAUAAAGAUGGAAAACCAAAACCUAUUAUAAAUGAUCAUCUUAAAGCCUAUGACCUUUUUAAAAAAGUUUCACUAAGUGAUUUAAAAUAUAAAGAUGAUGCAAAAUAUUAUCUGGCAUUGCAUUAUAAAGAUAUUAAUAAAGAUGCAUAUAGUGCCUAUAAAUUCUUUAAACAAGUUGAAGUAAGUAAUUCAAGAUAUAAAGAUGAAGCAGCUUAUUAUUUAGCAUUUUUUUAUAAAGAUGGAAUCUGUAUUGAAAAAAAUGAAAAAAUUGUAUUUAAAAACUUUACAUGUAUUGCACAAAGUAAUUCAAUAUAUAAAGAUGAUGCAAAAUUUAUAUUGGCAAAAUGUUAUGAAACUGGGAUAGGUGUCAAGAAAGAUACAAAAACUGCUCUUAUCAACUAUUCAAACCUUUUAGGAAAAAAUUUAGAUUAUUUUAUGAAAAAUAGGUUUAAAAAUGAUUACAAAAAUGCUUUAAAUGCUGCAAAAUUUGAGUUGGCAACAUACUAUACAAAUGGUAAAAGUGAUACUAAAGAUGUCGACAAAGCUUGUCAACUCUUUAAAGAACUCUCAAAUAGUGUAGAAUAUCAAAAAAAUGCUUUAAAUUGGCUAGAAAAUUACUAUAAAAAUAAGGAGGAGUCAUUAUCGUUAUAUCUUUUUGAUAGUUAG